GGGGUUGGUUUAGAUUUCACCGUUUAAGUACAGACAUCAGAAGACGGCUGACAUAAGUAGAAACUUGUGUUUUCCUGUAAAACAUUAAGCGUAAAAUUACAUUUGAAGGUCAGCGCACCUGCGGUGAACCUGCCUGGUGUGUGUUUAAGAGAGGCGUGUCUACAGCAGGUUGCUUUUUGCACAGCCUGGUCUGGGACUGCCUACUUUAGUUUGCCAGUUGUGAUUGGAGGCUUGGAGUUGGAACAGGUGAAACCUGAGCAGCUGUUAUUAGAACACCUGUGAGCUCCACCCGUCUCUGUCCUCUUCCUGUUUUGGCUUCGGUGAUCAGGCAAUGGCAGCCAUGACUAUUUCUGUCGAGCAGGACCAGUUCUGUUGUUCCGUGUGCUUGGAGGUUUUGCGGGACCCCGUCACCAUCCCCUGUGGGCACAGCUACUGUCUGGACUGCAUUGAGGACUACUGGAACACGGCCAAGCAGAAAGACCACUACAGCUGCCCUCAGUGCAGACAGGUGUUCAACCCCAGGCCUUUGCUGAGCAGGAACACGGUCCUGGCUGAGGUGGUGGAAAAGUUUCUGACGAGCGAGGCUCAAGCCACUAAACCGGACGAAGUGAAAUGCGGCGCCUGCAGGGGGAGGAGCCGGGCCGUUAAAUCCUGCCUCGCGUGCUUGGAGUCCUACUGCGCGGCCCACCUGAAGGUCCACGAGGAGCGCUUCCACAGGAAAGCCCACAAGCUGAUCCCGGCCACGGAGAAGCUGAGAGAGAAGCUGUGCCCGCAGCACGACAAGCUGCUGCGUCUGUACUGCCACACCGACCAGCAGUGCGUGUGUUCGCAGUGCGUCAAAGAGAGGCACAGGGGCCACGACACGGUCUCAGUGGUGGGCGAGAGGGUCGCUCAGCAGAAGAAACUUAAGGAAACCUCUUUGAAGUCUGUGCAGAAGCUGAGAGACACCGAGAAGGAACUGAGAUUCGUCAUCAAAUACAUCAAGCACGCCACGGAGGCCGUGGUGGAGGAAAGUGAGAGGGUUUUCUCCAAACUGAUCCGAUCCAUCGAGAAGCACAGCAACGAGGUGAAAGACCAGCUCAGAAUCCAGGAGAGAGUGGUGGUCGGUCAGGCUGAGGAGGUGCUGGAGGUCAUCCAGAGGGACAUAGAGGAGCUCAGGAGGACCGAGGCUGAGCUGGAGAGGCUUGCUCACACGGACGACAUCUACUUCCUUCAGAAGUGCAAGAGUCUUCAUUUCCCUUCAAAGACGGUGGAGAUGCCAAACACAGACGCUCUGACGUAUCUGAUGUAUAAAACCAUGAGAGAUGACCUGGUUGAUCUGAAGGAGAGCCUGGACGAAACACUCAGCAAAGAUUUCAACAGAAUAUCAGAUAAAGCAAACUCACUAAAGGAAAGCAGCAACCUGAAGACGGCUGAUAAAACUAAAGUUAAAGACGCAGACAUCUCGUAUAACACUGAACCAAAGACGAGAACUGAUUUUCUACAAUAUUACAACGACCUGACUCUGGACCCGAACACAGCCAACUUCUACCUGAGCUUCUCCGAAGGGCGGAGAGCAGUGACGACCCGCUCCGAGCCGCAGCCCUACCCUGACCACCCGGACCGCUUCACCAGCUGGGCCCAGGUGCUGUGCAGAGCCGGGAUGGCCGGGCGGUGCUACUGGGAGGUGGAGUGGGCCGGAAACGGAGGGGUCUCCAUCGGCGUGUGCUACAAAAGCAUGAACCGGAUCGGGGGAGGGAGUGACUGCAAGCUGGGCCACAACUCCAAAUCCUGGAGCCUGGACUGCGCCAACAAAGUCUGCUCGUUUCAGCACAACAAGGAGAGCGUGAGCAUCACCGUCCCCUGCAGUAGCAGAAUAGGAGUGUAUCUGGACUUCACGGGUGGAACUUUAGCUUUCUACAAUGUUUCAAAUUCAAUGGUUCCUAUUCAUAAAGAGAGAAUCACGUUCACCCAGCCUGUGUACCCGGGGUUUUGGGUGGGGUUGGGUUCUACCUUGAAGCUGUCUUCCCUUUAAGAAUGCAGUUUUGGGAGUAGUU